AUGGGUCUCAUCAGCAUUAGCAAUCAAGCUCCAAGAGGGGAGGCAGAGAAGAUUCCCAAGGACAUCUCGAGUGCCAUUGCACACAUAAAGAAACUUAGUGAUAACAACUGGCACACCUGGGAGCCCACCUUUAUCAACUGUCUGCAACAGGUGCAUAAUGCAAAGGAAAUCUUAUAUGGCGAAAUAGCACCUGGAAGCGAGGGAUAUGAUGAGGACCUGGACAAGGCACUGGUAGGUCUUAUCCAUGCUUGCUGUGAUCACAGCCCGGAAAGCCGCAUCAACACAUACACUGUCAGGGGUGCGGAUGAGGAAGCCCAACUUGGAAGUAUGCUUUACACUAAGCUUAGGAAGGCACUAACAUUGAAUGACACAGUGAAGCUAGGCAAGGAGCUUGACUCCAUUUGGAAUGAUGCUGCAUGUCUUGGGAAGCGCCUUGAUGAGGACCUAAAGAAAUCUAUGCUCUACCGUUGCAUGGCACAAGAUUGGUUCUAUGCCAACUCCAUUGAUGCACUCAAGAUGGCCAAACCAGACUGUAAGUAUGAUGAAGCCUACCACACACUUGCCAAGAAACAGCAGGAUGGUGAGAUUUCAGGUCAUAUCAGAGGAGCAGCCAGGGUUGCUACAAGUGCAGAGCAAGGGGGUACUGGUCAGGUGGAGCAGGGGCCCAGGGGCAGGCGCAAUCUGCAUAAUCCCUCAGCUCCUCCAAGAUGCUAUGCAUGUGGGGGACCCAAUCAUAUUGCUCGUAAUUGCACAAACACCAACAACCACCCUGCACCAAACAUGAGCGAACCUGCUGCUUGUGCAACUCAUCAUAUGGUAAAUGAUGAGAGAAUGCUGCUCACCUCGAUGAGCAAGGACAGUCAGAUCAGUAUGGCAGGGGAUGAAAAGCUUCAGGUAAAAGCCAUAGGAGAUGCCUCCCUUCAGGUCAGUGAGGCUACCAUCCAGCUAUUGGAUGUGCUCUAUGUGCCGAAGCUCAAUUCUAAUUUAUUGUCCAUACAAGGCUUGAUCGAGAAUGGUGCACAAGUAAUCUUUGAUGAGUUUGGGACUACCAUAAAGCAGAACGAUGGAACCCAAGUGCAAUUCAAGAAGAACAGGAGACAAGGCCGCUUCGACGUGCGAGGACAAGCACUGGCUUUGGAGCUGGAGGAGACAAUCAAUGAUGUCCCAGAGGACAACCAGAACACAGGAAACCAAGACAACAACUCAAAGGAAGACAAAGAUAGCUACCUCUGGCAUGAGAGUCAAGGAAAACAGACCCGAGUGCAGAUGAGCCAAUCAGAGUCGAAGAGAGUGGAGGCGCCACUAGAGUUAGUACACAAAGACUUGAUGACAGAUCUUAAGGGCCAUGCCAACUACCACUAUGCACUAGUUGCUGUGGACGACUUCUCCUCCCUGAUCUACGUGGAACCACUCUGCACUAAGAGUGCUGCACUCCCAGUGCUGAGAAGGUGGAUCACCAGGACAGAACAAGCAACAGACAGGAAACUCAAAAUGCUCCACAGCAACAAUGGAGGAGAGUGGUGCAGCUUAGGAGCUGAAGACUGGCAAACUCAAGAGGGUUUCAAGUGGCAAAAGAGUGUCCCAGGGAUCAGUGUCCAGAAUGGAUGGGCAGAGAGAGCGAUCAGAUUGGUCCAAGAAAAGAUGUGCUCAAUGCUCAUUGGUCGAGCUUGCCCCAGAGAGUUGUGGCCAUAUGCAAUCACAGCAGCAGCACACAUGAUGAACCUCACCCCAUCAGCCACCAAGACCAUCCCCCACAAGGUCUUUUAUGGAACCACUGUGCACAAGCUGGCCCAGCAGCUGCGAGUCUUCAGAUGCUUGGCAUGGGUCCAUGUUCAACGGAAGGACCAGCAGGGCAAGUACAGGGCUAGAGCAAAGCCAGCCAUCAUGAUUGGAUAUGAUGACGAGCACAAAGCAUGGAAGUUUUGCAACCUGGACCAGCCUGCAUCAAUUCAAUGGAGCAACUCAGCAACGUUCCAUGAGGACAAAGGAUGGAGUGAUCGCCAACAGGAGGCAGUCUGGCCCGUGGUGACCACAGAGGUUGAGGAGGAGGGUGUCAUGCCAGCCAUAGUGGAGGAUCUCCUACCAGCUGUAGAUAGCACAGUAGGCGCCACCAACACAGCAGUACUGAACCUGGACCCAACACUUGGGGAAGCAAUGAAUGGACUUGAGGCAAUGGGGACUUGGGAGGUGGUGAAUCACCCACCAGGAGUACCACUCGUGGACUCUAAGGUCAUGCUUUGGCUAAAGCUCGAUGCUGAUGGUGUGCCCAUAAAGCACAAGGCGCAACUGGUGGCAAGGGGCUUCACACAGAGAGAGGGAAUCGACUACCAGGAAACCUUCUCUCUGGUAGCACCCCUUGGAGCAAUCAGAGCUAUCCUAGCACUAGCAGUACAGAACAACUGGGAGGUGCAUGCACUGGAUAUCACAAUGGCCUACUUAAACUCCAGGUUAAAAGAAGUGAUCUAUAUGAAACCACUGGAGGGAUCAGGAGUAGCACCUGGACAGGUAUACAAAGUGGUCAAGGGCCUGUAUGGCCUAAAGCAGUCUGGGCAAGAAUGGAACCAGGAGUUCAACAGGUCUUUGCAACGCAUGGGAUUAUUCCAGGUUGAGUGUGCUCCCUGCAUCUACACCAAGGGAUGGGGCGAAGAUAUGGCCAUUGUGGUCAUCUACAUCAAUGAUACAUUAGUCAUAGCACCACGGCUGGAAACAGUCCUAAAGGUUAAGAAGCAGAUCGGUCAGAGAUGGAAGAUGGAAGAUAGUGGCAAGGUCUCUCACUUCCUCGGCAUCAAAAUCAGUUGA